CUUAUUAAGAAAUUUAUAUAAUAAUAAUUAUGAUUCUAUAUCUACAUUGAUUGAAUGCACCUCAUUUCAUUUAUUUAAAAUGUGAAUUGAAUUACUUGAAAAAAAAUAUAAUAAAAGAAAAACAAAAAGAAAAGAAAAAAAGAGGAGAAAAGAAAGAAGAAAAAAGAAUUAAUAAUGAAUUCAAUGAAAACUAGAAUAAUACUAAUGUGAAUAAACAAUAUUUAUAAGGAAUAUAUAUAUGUCUACACAUAAUCUUGAAUCUAUUCAACAAUUAGUUUCCUAUUUUCUUUUUUAGUUUCCUGGCAAAAAUUAUUAUUUAUAUUCUAAUACUCAUUGUGAAAUUUCUAAAAACCCAACAAUUAAAAAACACAACAAGAACUCAUGUUUUAUUUAUCAACAAAUUGGAAUAUAUAUAAAUAGGAAUUAUCAUCCUGUCAAUUCAUCAUCUUAUUACAUUUUCAAUACAUCAAUAUUUCAAAAAAAACUUUUUUUUGUUGUCGCUCAUUUUCUUUUUCCAGUUACUAUCCAUAAUAAUUCAAAUUUCUAAUGACGUCUAAUCAGUUACUAUCCAAAAUAAUAUUAUUCAUAUUUAUAUUAUUAAUGAUUAUUCAAUUAACUAAUUCAAUUACAAUCAAUAUCAAUGAUACCAAUACUAAUUAUUCUAUUGAUAAUUCAAUCAAUAAUAAUAAAUCAAUAUCCGAUCAAAUGUUAUUAGAAAUUUAUACAACAUGGAUUGAUUUUGCUAAACAUUUUGUUCCUACAGCAUUAUUUGUUGAUCGUUAUGUAACAAUCAUUUAUUAUAUAUUAGGUUUUCCAGGUAAUUUUAUUUCAUUAAUUAUAUGGUCUAAUAAAAAAAUGAUCAAAGAAAAUUCUGCUGCUGUUUAUUUAGCUGCAUUAUCAUUAAAUGAUAUAAUUGUAUUAAUAUUUGCAUUAAAUAGAGAUUUAUCACGUGUAUGGCAAAUACGUGAAUAUUUAUUACCUGGUUCAUGUGAAAUACAAAAUAUUUUAUCACCAGCUGUACAAUAUGCAUCACCAUUAUUUGUACUUGCUUUUACUAUUGAACGUUGGUUAGCUAUAUGUAAACCAUUUUAUAUUGAUAGAAUAUGUAGUUCAAAAAGAGCAAUUUAUAUAUGUAUCAUUAUUAUCAUUAGUACAAUCAUAGUAUGUUCUGGUUAUGCAUAUAUAUUUAUAACAGAAACAAAUACAUGUAGUAAACGACAUAUUAAUCCAUUAAUUAUAAGUGUAUAUUUAUCAUGUUUAGAAGGUGUAUUUGCUGGUGUUGUACCAUUAUUAGUAUUAAUAUUCAAUUGUUUAGUCAUUAAAGAAUUAGCUAAAGUUCAUCAUGCUAAUAAACAAUUAGCUAUUAUGUCAAAUCAUUUAUCAUCAUCAUCAUAUUGUUCAACAUCUCAAUCAAAUAUAAUAAAUAAUAAAAAUUCACCAAAACCUUCAUAUACUACUACUACUACUCAUAAUAAUAAUAAUAAUAAUCACCAUGGGAAUAAAAUUAAAUUAUAUUUUAAAAAUAUUUUCACUAAGCAACUAUCAUCAAAUUCAAUAAAAUCAAAUAAAAAAAUUAAUAAAACUUCAUUAAUAUCAAAUGAAAAUUCAUUAAAUUUUAUUCCACAAUAUAAUUCAAUCAAUUCAAUCAAUAAUAAUAAAUCAAUAAUCAAUGAAAAAUCAAUAAUUUCUAAUCGUAAUAAUAAUAAUGAAUUAAUUCAUAUAAAUUAUAAUGAUUCAUAUAAAAUUUCACAUAAUAAACGUACUAGUCCAAGUUUUAAAUCAACAACAUUAAUGCUUUUAACUGUUAGUUUUUAUACAAUUUUAACAACAUUACUUGGUGGUCUUGUUUAUUUAAUUCAUCAAACACAAGAAGAGCCUAAUAUGAAUGCAACAGAAAAAGAAGCUUUAGAAGAUCCUAUUUGGAAUCAAUAUUUCAAAAUGAUUACAAUUAAAGCAUUUGGUGAUGAGAUUGCAUUAUCACAUUAUGCAUUUAGUUUUAUCAUUUAUUAUGCAACUGGAUGUAAUUUUCGUCAACGUGUACAUCAAUUAUGCAAAAAUGUAUUUUAUAAAUUAGGUUGUCGUUGUCAUAAAUUAAUGAAAUUUGGUAUAAAUGAAGAAAGUGAUAAUAAUAAUAAUAUACCAUCAAUUACUCGUCGUUCACAUAAUCGUUUAUUAACUAAUCAUGAUAGACAAGAUGAUCUGGAUUUUACAAUUCAUACAUCAUCACAAUAUCGUCAAUCAAAAAAAUUGAUUGAUUAUCAAAAAUCAAUUGAAAUGGAUCAAUCUAUAGAAUCAAAGUAAUACAAAUUUAUUUAAAUCAUCUAGUAUAUAUCAAAAAGUAGAUUUCAAUGAAUAAAUCAAUAUCUUCAAGAGAUAAUGCCAUGAAGAACAUAAAAAGUGUUGAAUAUCUUAAAUGUUCAUGUUGUAAUUCCUUGAUGUUAUACAUCGAAUAUACUUGAAAAAUAAUCAGACUUCAAAGAGUAAACAAACAAACAUCACAAAAAAAACGUCUACAAGAAAGUUCAAGACAAAAGAAAUCACUGUCAAACACAGUACAAACCAUAAAACAAUAUCAUAGUCUGAUAUGAAUGUAAUCAAAUUGUUUACUAUAAUUAACGCAAUAUUAAAAUACCAUAGAAAUGAUUAUUUUUUAAAAGAAAAAAAAUGUUUUUUUUUGUUGGUUGAACCCAAACUUCUUUCUAUAUUUUCUUUUUCCUCUUUUUUUGUUGUUGGAUACAAGAUUAAAGCAUUUUGAAUUCUGGUACUAUUGUUUCUUUGCUCCUUGAUUCCAUUGAUUGACAGUUAAUAUAUAUGUAAUCGGUUAAGAUUAAAAUGAUCCAUUAACAAUGAAACAUUUAAACCAAUUAGUCCCUUUUUGAUAAAUUUCGAUAAUGUAAUAAAAACAUAAAAAUGAUCCGAACUAUGUGACGGUAUAUUAACCCAGUCACAAAGUUCUGAUAAUCUACUUAUUCUUAUUACAUGAUCAAAAUGAAAUAUUGAUUUCCUUUCAAUUUGAUACAUUUAUUAAGUGCAUUAUAUGUUCAUGGUUUCAUUCAUGAUUAUUUCUAAAACGUCUUUGUAUAUAUGAACGUGUGUAAAACAAAAUCACUACCACCACCACCACCAACAACAACAACAACAACAACAACAAGAUAAUAAUAAUAAUAGCCAUAGCAACUAUAAUUACUAUGACUAUUUGCAUAUAUCUUGUCAUUUAUUAAGGUAUUUCUUAUUUAUUUUCUUUAAUUAAAUAAUUAAAUUUUGUGUUCAUUCAAUAGGUUUCAAAUGUGAAUAGUUUCAUUGAAUUCUAUCCAACAUUUUUAAUAUUGAUACUUCAAUUACAUAUUUUCUUUGUUGUUGUGUAUUAUCCUAUUAAAAAAAAGGGAUAAGAAUUGAUAAAAUAAAAUAUGCAUAAGAUGAAUAUAUCACAGAUGGUAAUAAAUGACAUAAUGAUUAAGCAUUUUAAUUCAUAAGGUUUAUUGUGUAUGAUAUUGAUAUAUCUACCAAUAUUCUGGUUAGUAUGAAAGUACUUUAUAAAGUUAUUAUUAGUUGAAUGGUUCUUGAGACCUAUGAUGGAGAUUUUAAAGACCGUUAAAUGAUUCGAAGAAUUUCUAACCAAUCAAAAUCAAAUUCAGUGAAUUAUACUCUUGUAUUAAAGAUUACUUUCUUUGAACCAGAUUUGUGUAAAUCAAUUUGAGAGAAGAGUUAAAAUCUUCCCUCACCUUUUUUUUCUCCAGAUAUUUAUGAAUUACUUCAAAUUGUUCAAGCCUAAUCAUUCAUUCACUAUAAAUCGUCAACAAAAAUUAUUAUUUUCAA